AUGUUCCGCUCGCAUACAAAGCGCCCAGCUUUGCCCACUUCCAGCACCAAGUCCUCAUAUUCCGCUAUUGCCCGCCACACAGACGACGCUAUGAAGGAUUUUAUUCAUACGCACCAAGGGACGGUGCCGCAUGUGCCUCAGUCGUACUCAUGGGACUGCGGAUUAGCAUGCGUUGAAAUGGCCCUCCGCGCGCGUGGUGCCAAACAGGUAAGCGUAUUUUUUAUGAGUAGAAGCCGUAUCGCGACUUCUUGAAUCUCUGGAAGCGCCGCCAUAUGCAGUUUGAUGGAGAGAGAGUUAACCGUUGGAACAUUUGUAUUAUGUUUCGUAGAGUUCAUUUUCAGAUUUGCGCAAAUCAUGUGUCACCGACAGUAUUUGGAG